AUGCGGUCAGUAUGUCUAUUGCUACUCUACACAACUGUGGCAUUCGCAGCAUCCGUCAUACCUGACAGAAAAUGCCGAGGAGUUUACUUCGACAACAAAUAUUACGACAUCGAAAUAUUAAAAGAGGGGAUCAACAAAAUACACCAAUUAGUCUUUAACAAUAACGACAAUACAGUCUAUUUCACAUUCGGACAAAUCGGUGCUGUACCUUAUAGAAGUCUUGGGUAUUACAAUCUAGAUACCAGGCAAGCAGGUUUGAUAGGUGGUGUGAGAAACGCAUCAGGCGUGGCUGUGGAUCAAAUUAAGAACAAAGUUUACGUCGGUGGCAUAGAUGGAGUAUACGCACUAAACAGAGACAAAGAACCUGAAAGAUAUCCAAUAUACGACAACAUUCACAAAUUGUUUUUUAGAGAUGUAUUGUACUACAUAAACGUGAGAAAGGAAGCCUACGUUUUUGAUAAUGGAAUUGUGAAUCGAAUGCCGGAACUACAAACCGAAAAAGUGGAUGAUAUUAUAGUUGACGAUGACGAUAACGUAUUUUUUCUGCAAAACGACACUUUAUUCAGAGUAAAAUUAGGCACAAGAGCUAUAAAUAUUCACGAAGGAUAUCCAAUCAACGUUAUGGCUGUAGAUCCAUAUUAUAGAGCAUUUUUCAGCACUAAGAAUGGUAUUUUUAUCUACAAUAAAUAUAAAUUCGCUUUGGACAGAGUUUCUCGUAUGAAGGACUUGAGAGCUCUUGCUUUCACAAAGAACAUGGAGCCGAUUUACGCUGUAGUUGAUAUUUUAAUUAAACUCAAAGCGAACCCAACGAAUUGUUAUGAUUAUAGGAUUUAA